GAUCCCGGCGUCCGGUCGCCCAACCCUGUUCAGGCUUAGGCCCGCAUGGAGGGGACUGCGGAGUCCCAGACGCCUGACCUGCGAGACGUGGAGGGCAAGGUGGGCAGGAAGACCCCUGAAGGGCUGCUCCGCGGGCUGCGAGGCGAGUGGGAGCCGGGAACCUCUGGCGCCCUGCUGCUCCCGGGGGCGCCUAGCACUGGCCACAGCCUGGGGGACAAGAUCAUGGCGCUGAGGAUGGAGCUGGCUUACCUGCGAGCCAUCGACGUGAAGAUCCUACAGCAGCUGGUGACCUUGAACGAGGGCAUUGAGGCAGUGCGCUGGCUGUUGGAGGAGCGGGGGACAUUGACCAGCCACUGCAGCAGCCUCACCAGCAGCCAAUAUAGCCUGACAGGCGGGAGCCCAGGCCGUUCAAGGCGAGGCAGCUGGGACAGCCUGCCAGACACCAACUCCACUGACCGACUGGACAGUGUCUCCAUUGGCAGCUUCCUGGACACAGUGGCCCCCAGCGAGCUGGAUGAACAGGGCCCCCCCGGGGCUCCCCGUCCCGAGAUGGACUGGGCAAAGGCUAUAACCGGCAGGGAGAGGGCCAGGACUGAGGUGGACCUGACAGCCACCAGGCUAGGAAGCUUGAGGGCUGUGUGGAAGCCCCCAGGGGAGGGGCUCCAAGGUGGACCUCCUGAGCCACCAGAGGAUGAGAGUACCAAGCUGGGCUUUGAGGCCCACUGGUACUGGGGCCAGUGCCAAGAUGAUGUGACCUUCCUGUAACAACUCUUCCACCCUUUUGUACUCCUAUGGCUCUUUCAUCGCUAGGCCCUGGUCUCCCUCAAAUUUAUUCUCCCUCAAUCUGGGAUUAGGAAGAGGCUGCAUUGAAAUCAGUUACCAUGGAAACCUGGCCUCACCAUCUCUCUGAUCCCUGGGGAGGCUCUGCCUUUAUCCUUCAAUUAUUGGGUCCCUAGAGCUAUUUUCAUGGAUACAUUGACUCUAGAGGCUUGACCUGUGGCUCCAGGUGUGAUGGUAUCUCUUCCCCUUUCCUCCCAACUAGGAUUUGAUGGUUUAGCAUCCCAGCGAGAUCACUUAUGAAGAGAUGGGGGUAUAAUUGCCUCACCCAACAUCUAGCAGCCUUGGCUCCCCUCUUGGCCAAGAUGGAGGAUUGUGGAGGGUCAUGGACAUUCAAGGCCAACCCUCCAUGGAUUGGCCCUCCCAGAAGCCUUUGGGGUUGGUAGAGCCACCCCUUCCUGUCUGGUGAGUGAUGUCAUUUCCUGCCAGGAUGGAUUAGCCUUUCUGUACCAGUCUUUUAGUGAUGAUAGGUCAGUAUAGGGGUGUCUGAGCCCCUGCUGCUAAGUGAGACCAUAUCAUUUAUUCUCCCUACCAUUACUUCUUGUGAAUGGGAACAUGCCACCCUCCUCGCAGGAAGGUUUCUCAGUCAGAUGUUUGUACUUCUUCUCAGAGAGGUUCUUAGUAUUUAAACAGGGAGUUCUCAUUUUAUCCUAGGGAUUCUCACUUCCUCUCUGACCACACGCCUGUCUGCUGCCAGCAUUCCUAUAUCUGUGCUUUUAGGGAGGAAACUGGCAGGAGCCUCCACCUACAGCUCUCAAAAGUCUGCUUGGCCUGCCCUGCCACAGUCCCCUGUCUUACUCUGUCCCUGGGUUGCCCCCAUUCUUGUAUUCUGGCUCCAAAUCUGUCCGCCAGGAGGUUCAGCCUUUGUGUCUCCACACCUUCUCGGUUUCCACUUUGGGCCUCAGACCUUUUAUAUGCAGAUGAGUCCCUCAGCCUUCUCUCUCCAACGCUGAUGGGAGCCAGAGGGAGGAGAAGCUUGGGGUGUACCAGAAUCUCCAAAAGGGGGAGGUAUCUUCUCAGAUCUUGUGAUUCCCCUGCCCCCAUCCUGCCCCAGACCUUCCACCAUUUGGUUACUAGGAUGCCAGCCUGAGGCCAGGACACAAGGAAUCCCCUUGUCUAGGUUACAAUGGGGGGUGUGGCAGAGAAAGACAGAGGCUCUUUGGUCCUAGGGCCCACAUCCUGGGAGGGGGGAGAAUAGGAGGGAAAAGCUGCUUUCCUUCCUCCCUUAGAGCCAGCUUUAGACUCCCUGGACCUGCUGAGGGAGCAGGGCACUGGCUCUGGGCCUGGAUCCCAGGGCCCUAGUGAAUUACACCAAGGAGGGACUCAGGGAACCUGCCAACCUGGGGCUCAGGGAGGGGACAGGCCCAGAGAGAGGGUGGGGACAAAGGCUGUGGCUGAUGUCAGAAUAUGAAUUAUUGGAGGUUAACCCUUUGAACCCCAGGUAACUGCCCCUAUGUUGGUCCCUGUCUUUCCUGGGCCCUGAAACUAGAUUAUUGGAAGGCAAAAAGGAGAAAAAAGGAUGUCAGGUGAGCCUUGCCUAUUUGCUGUGCCCUCGUGAGUUGGAGGAGUCUUCCUCAAAUCCUGGAAUAACUCCUGCAAUUUCUCUACUGUUCAUUCUAUGCUGAGGAAGGGACGGAAGCCAAGUUGAUUAUCUCCAGUUCCCCUAAACUCCUCAAGUCUGGUUCUGCAACCCCCCACCCCAAUCCUUUUGGGGCAAUACAUUUCUUCCUCUCCUCUCAAAGUGAUUGAAAUCUCUAAAGAAUAUCUGUAAGUCUCUUCUUUGCUGCCCACCAGCCCUCUCCUUACCCCUCUAGGUCUUGGGGCUCCUGACCUCCCCUUAGGCUGGGAAUUCAAAUACCCUUUCCCAAUACCCUGACUCUGUUGCCAUUUUGUGGUGACUUAUGGGUAACUACCUUUCCACUUGGAACUAUUGUAUUCCUUUUCAAAGCUUGCUUAUUCAUUUAAUCUAUAAACUUCUGAGCUGAAGAGGUUGUCCGCCCUCUUGUGACCAUUAUGCACCAUUGCUGGAAUAGCUGGGUGAAACCUUCAGGCUCAAAUAUAGCCUUAAAGAAGACCAGCCCUCUCAUUGCACAGACAGGUUAGAGAGACAGGCCUACAGAAGGCAGAGACUUUACUAGUGUCACCCAUGGUAAAUCUGUGACAAUGCUCAGGUUAAAGAACCCAGAUCGCCCGCCUGCCUGCCUGUCCACCCACAAUUCCAUCACUUGGCCAGACUGUUUCCCCACCCCACCCUGUCACCACCCAAGCCCAAAGGAUCUGAAAGCAAUUUUCUCCCUGUUUUAAUAGGUUCUUACCCCACCCUAGAGAGGCAGCUCGAUAUUUAGAGAAAGAGCCACAGGCUCUGAGGAAAGAGACCCUUGGACCAGGAUUGGGUAAAGGGUGCAUUAAUAUGGACCACAGAUAUAAGGAAGAUCAAUCUUGGACCAACUAUUUUUCUGGGAAGGUAGGAUGAGUAGGCCCAGACAUCAUGGGGGCAGAAUUCAACAUUCCAGACCUGGACGUGAGAAGCAGGGGAUAGGGGUGGGAGAUGAGAGAGAAAGAAAUCCAGUUGGGUCCUGUGGAGAUGGGGAGCUCCAAAGUCAGGGGAUUACAGCUCAGUUGGACUGGCAUCUGAGGGUAUUGAGGGGUUGCAGAGGUGGGUGAGUGGGGCUGCCUGGGAACUCCAGGUAGCCUGGACAUCCCGUCUCAAUACCUUAGACUCCAUUUCACUACUAGAGAGGCCCAGGAACCCUUGGCAAGCACACAUUCUUGGUCCCUCCUACCUGCCUCUGGACUGACUGUUUAAGGCUUAGCUCUCCUGUUAGUUUAGACCUUUCCGGGUUAUGAGGAGGACCUGUUUAGGAGCUCAAAGAAGAAAAGGGUGAAAAGGGAGAAAGAUGCAGAGAGACAAAAGAGAAUGGGAUGAAAAUGGAGGCUUGAAGAUAUGAUCAGAGGGAGCAUACUAUCCUCCAAGUGGGCUGGGGACUUGUCAGGGCUCGGGGUAAAGGCAGAGAUGACAGAGCUCCUGGCAGCUGCAGAAACAGUGCCUGGGAGUAUAAGGGGUGGUGCUGGCUGGGAUGAGUCCACCAAGGAGAUGAGACCAUGUGAACGGGCAAGUGUAAGAGCCUGCAUUUAGGAUGGGGUGGUGAACUUGUGCACUGGACUGACUGGAAGCUCAGUGGCAGCUUAGGUGAGAAAUGCUUGGAUCUUGCACUGGAUGCAGGCUCACUCUGUGCAUGGUGCCAGGCACAUACUGGAUGUUCAGUGAUACCUGUUGAAUGAAUGGAGGAAUGAAUGUAAACCCACGAAAAGAUGUGACUUAUAAUUUAAAAAGUGGUUAAUUAGGUAGUAAUAGGUAAUUUAAAGUAUUAUUCCAUUUAAUUCUUAGCAACACUGUAAACAAUGCAUUAUUAACAGAUCAUAAGUGAACUAUGGUAGGAACCUACGUCAGUCUGACUGCAGGGGCUUCCAGGAAGUCUUUUCUGAUUCCCCACUCCCCUCUCUCACAGACCUUACGCUUCUAGGAGAACAGGUUAUGCUGCCCAGCAGCAGGGCCAGUGUACAUAUUUCCUAUUGCUGCUGUGACAAACUUAACGGCUUAAAACAACACAAAUGUGUUAUCUUACAGUUCUGGAGGUCACAAGUCCGAAAUCAAUUUCAUUGGGUUAAGUUAAAAGUUAAGGUGUUGGCAGGCCUCUUCUGGAGUCUCUUCUGGAGACUCUAGGGGGCAAUCCAUUUAUUUGCCUUUUCUAGCUUCUGGAGGCCGUUUGCAUUCCUUGGUUCAUGGCCCCUUCCUCCAUCUUCAAAGCUAGCAGCAUAGUAUUUCUCCUCUCUGACCUCUGCUUCCAUUCUUACAUCUUUCUCUAAUUCUGUCUCCUCUUAGGAGGAUUACUUUGUGAUCAGAUAUCCUUGUGCUUACAUUGGGCCCACUGGGGUAAUCCAGGAUCAUCUCCCCAUCUCAAGAUCCCUAAUUUAACCAUAUCUUCCAAGUCCUUUUUGCCAUAUAAGGUAAAAUAUUCUCAGAUUCUGGGGAUUAGGACUUGAACAUCUUUGGAGGAAGGACCACUAUUCAGCCUUCCACAAGCAGAGAUGGAGGGUGGGCAGGAGGAUGCGUCCACACCCAGAAGGAGCCUCUAUGCUUUGUCUAGCCUCCUUUGGCCUGGAGUGAGAGGUGGUGCCAAGGGGAGCUAGCCAGGCCCAGGCCCCAUGUCUGGAGAAUGGCAAAUGCCUCCUGCAUCUUCACUGCCAAGGAGAGCUGAGAGUGAAGGUCAGACUUGGGAGAAGUUCUCAGUUUAGGGAAUUUUCAGGACUGAGACGUCCCUGGUGAACAUGGUGGAGGGUUCUAACAGGCUCUAUCUUCAACACUGCCUCCUCUCCACGACUAUUCUGUGCUCCCCCUCAAGGCAGAAGAUAAUUACCAGCUAACUAGCCUGGGCUCUCUCUAGAAAGGGUAGAUUAGUUGUCUCUCUUUUAAAUUAUUAUCUUUUUAUUCCUUAAUAGUUAAACCAUUCUCCUCAGAGAGGGGUGAACUCUCAUCAUCUGUUGAUACUAAGUCUCUUUUUGUUUGAUCUUUUUUUAAUCCCUGAUCCCUAUUGUCAUUCCUCUCCCUGACCCAGGUAUACACGUUAAUGUGUUCAGUAUGUGUUUGGAUAUAUAUGUAUCUUUGAAACUAUAAAUAAUUAUGUACUUAUGUGUUUUAAUAUAUAUAAAUAGUAAGCCAGCCUUUAUAAUGAAUUGCCCCAUAUUACAGUAAUUUAACACAAUAAAGAUUUAUUUUUCACUUA